ACAAUUCAGAAGCUGGAAGCCGCUCAGCAAAAAAGGAGGGCGAGUGAGAGGUGUUUUUUUCCUCCUCCAGCCAAGCCUGCCCUCCUCCUCCUCAGCUAAAUUCUCCCAUCCAAAAAGGAAGAGAAAAAAAAGGAGAAAGAGAGAAGGAAGGAGGAGGAGGGGGGGAAAGGCAAAGGGAGGCAAAAAGGAGCCGCUGGUGAAAAGCUUCUGGCUCCCUCUUCCUCGCCCGCAGUCGCAGCCUUGCCUGGCUGGCUCUGCCCGUUCGGGUUUUUCCCCCCUUUCUUCCUUCCUUCUUUCCUUCUCUCCUCCUCUUCUUUGCUCACUUCGCCUCCUUCCCUUCUGUAAGGUGCUUCUUCUGGGAACUCCACCGGACGGGGAGCUGCCUGAGUCCCUGUCGCCGCCUUGGGAGUCUCAUGGAGUAGUCCCUUUGCAGCCCCAGGAAGCCAGGAGAGGCUGGGCUCCCACCAAACAGUUCGCGUUCUCCAUCCGUCUGCGGAGCGUGGCCCUCGUCCCAAGCAAGUGACAGGCGGACCGACAGAGGUGGGACCUCGUGCGGCAUUGAAGGACUAUGACUCUGAUCUUGGCCAACUACUAUUUAGCACAACGACAAAGAGGACAUUAGAGAUGCUGUGAACCUGGACUUCAGGUCUCUGCAAAACAUCUGCACAUGGUCUCACCAUACCAAGACUGCAGAGAGACUACCGAGACUCCACGAUGCUCCAGGAAGUGACCCUGUGGCUGCUGCUCAUGGCACUUGGCAUCUCCGCAGUGGCGGGGGGUGGCGCCGGAGGAGGGUACCCACAGAUCAAGUACAUGCAACCCGUGAUGAAAGGACCCCUCGGCCCUCCGUUUCGGGAAGGCAAAGGGCAGUACAUAGAUAUGCCACCACUGCUUCCAAUGGACCUCAAAGGAGAACCCGGCCCUCCUGGAAAGCCUGGCCCAAGAGGACCACCCGGCCCACCUGGAUAUCCUGGGAAGCCGGGAGUUGGAAAACCAGGGCUUCAUGGUCAACCAGGACCUGCUGGUCCACCUGGCUUUUCUGGCAUUGGCAAACCGGGCAACCCAGGGCUUCCUGGCAAGGCAGGGAUGAAAGGAAUGCCUGGGGUGAAUGGUGAGCCUGGCAUGAGAGGCGACCAAGGGCCAAGAGGACUCCCUGGCCCACCAGGGCUGCCUGGACCAGCUGGCAUCUCUGUUAACGGCAAACCGGGAGCAAGCGGUAGCCCAGGACUACCAGGAUUUCGGGGGGAGCCAGGUGCAAAAGGAGAGCCUGGCCCUCGUGGUGAGCGUGGUAUGAAGGGUGAAAAUGGAAUUGGCAAGCCAGGACUGAUAGGACCACGAGGGAAUAGUGGGCCUCCAGGGCCUCCAGGACCUGCAGGGCCUGUAAGCAUUGGGAAACCUGGUCUCGAUGGCUUGCCUGGUGCUCCAGGUGACAAAGGUGACUCGGGCCCCCCAGGUGAGCCAGGGAUUAGUGGGGAGCCUGGACCCAUGGGCCCACGGGGCCCACCAGGUGUGGAUGGAAUUGGUGUGCCAGGGGUAUCAGGUGUGCCAGGCUUGCAAGGGCCCUUGGGCCCCAAGGGUGAACCUGGUCUGCGGGGUCUCCCAGGAAUGCCUGGCCCUACAGGAUACGGAAAGCCCGGUCUGCCUGGCUUGAAGGGAGACCGUGGACAGCCAGGUGUCCCAGGACUCAUUGGGGACAAGGGAGAGCCAGGAAUGGAUGGAGAAGUAGGUGACAUGGGUCCUCCCGGUAUGCCUGGGUCCCCAGGCCCUCCCGGUUCUAUGGGUAUGCCAGGCAAACAUGGAAUUCCAGGUGGUAAAGGGGAAGCUGGGCCCAUUGGGCCUCCUGGACUACCAGGCAUGCGUGGGGAUCAAGGGCCCAGUGGUUUUGUGGGAAAGCCAGGGAUUCCUGGGGAGAGAGGCUUGCCAGGGUCCCAAGGGUUGCAAGGCCCAACAGGCCCCAAGGGAGAAACUGGUUUCAUGGGGCUCCCAGGGGUGCCAGGACUGACAGGGCCCUCGGGGGCAAAGGGGGACGCUGGCAUCCCAGGGCAGCCAGGCCUCCGAGGCUCAUCGGGGAUACCGGGGCUACAAGGCCCUUCUGGCCCAAUGGGGCCUCAAGGUUUACCAGGACUGAAAGGAGAGCCUGGCUUCCCAGGAGCCCCAGGAGUUGGCAAAGUGGGGGAACCAGGCAUUAUAGGACCCAUUGGGCCACAAGGGGUUCCCGGCAAUCCUGGAUUAAAUGGGCGACCAGGGCCACCGGGUCCACCAGGGCCACCGGGUGCCCCAGGGGUGUUUGACGAGACAGGCAUUGCCGGCCUCCAUCUUCCCGAUGGUGGUGUAGAGGGGGCAGUCCUGGGGAAUGGCAAGCCCGGGAAACCCCAGUUUGGCCGAGGAGAACUAUCUGCCCAGAUGUUACCUGCCUUCACCGCUAUCUUGACCUCACCAUUCCCAGCUUCAGGAAUGCCAGUCAAAUUCGACAGGACUUUGUACAAUGGGCAGAAUGGCUACAAUCCAGUGACGGGGAUCUUUACCUGUCCCAUUUCUGGCAUUUAUUACUUUGCUUAUCAUGUCCACGUUAAAGGAACUAAUGUCUGGGUGGCGCUGUAUAAAAACAACGUGCCUGCCACGUACACCUACGACGAAUACAAAAAAGGCUACUUGGACCAAGCUUCAGGUAGCGCUGUGCUUGAACUUAAAGAAAACGACCAGGUCUGGAUCCAGAUGCCAUCAGAUCAAGCCAAUGGUCUUUAUUCCACCGAAUACAUCCAUUCUUCAUUUUCGGGAUUCCUUCUGUGCCCCACAUAACGGCUGUUGGGCACGCCUCCUUUCAUCCACUUUAGCCAUAAACUACUUCUUUUAAACUAUUAAAAAUACAAAAGUCGCGGGAAAGAUGGCGCAAAUCAGUAGUUUGGGGACCGUUUUGACCAAGCCAAGGAGUCAAUAUGGAAGAGAAAACUUGGUGGUUGUUGUACAAUGUUUGUAUUCAGAAUUACCCUAGAGACUGCACAUCGAAUACAGAUGCCAACUUGGGGAUUAGCUGCCAAACGAUUCUCCUAGGCCACACAGAAGGCAUUUGAUGAGACAGCAGUGUGCAGGAGGACUACGGCCUACAACACAAAGUUGUAGACUUCCUUUAUUGCCUUAAGGCACCUUCUUCCAAAUUUUAGCAUUGAUCCAUGUUUCAGUUUGUCGUUUCAAAAUGUGAUUCAGUCGGUCUCUUGAGACAAAAAAAGAAGACACAUUGUCGAAGUUUGGAAAGCACCUUUUCACACAAGGCUCAGCAGAUCUUUAGAGCAGUUAUAUGGAAAAGGGGAUGGGAAACGUAUUCCAGAAUCCCCUUAAAAAAAAAAACAAAGACAACUCUGCAGUACUCAAAGAGCAAAUUUUCCAUUAUCUGAAAUUCAGCAGUCUGGAAAUCUAAGGUUCCACCAAUGCUGUUGACAAUCCCAGUGUUAAGGCACUGCAGGCAUUGCUCCAGUUGCUACUGGCUUGACUUGAGAAAGAUUGAAUUGUUGACAUCGUCAAAGUGCCAGUGCAUAGAUCGUUUUGUCCAAGAUGUCUACACUUUGUCACGGGAGGUGGGGCAACCCAUCACCCGUGCAAUUUAUUUAAAAACCCUGGGAGGCCACCAUACAUUUCCAUUCAAUACUUUUUUUACAACAGUGCUAUUAAUGUUAGCUACUUUAAAAGUUAUUCAGUAUAGUGCAAUAUAUUUUAAAGGUGGAAAGUGUUGUGUGCAAGGAUUUCAAUAAUUAACUAACAUUUUCAUUGUCUGAUGCAUUUCUACCACUUUAUAUCAAUACUGCUUGAAAUGUCUCUUUUUGUAUUCCACGCCACAAGGUAGUUCAAAGCUUCUCAAUAUCUUAAUGUACUACAGUGUACACUAAAAGCUUCUCGAUAUCUUAGUGUACUACAUUUCUCAACCUUUUCUAAUGCUGUGGCCCCUUAAUACAAUUCCUCAAGUUGUGCUGACCCCCAACCACAACAUUAUUUCCGUUGCUACUUCAUAACUGUAGUUUUGCUACUGUUAUGAAUCAGAAUGUAAAUAUCUGAUAUGCAGGAUGGAUUUUCAUUCACUGGACCAAAUUUGGCACAAAUACGUGAUAUGCACAAAUUUGAAAUUUGAUUGGGGGAAGGGAUUGAUUUUGUCAUUUGGGAGUUGUAGUUGCUGGUAGUUAUAGUGAACCUACAAUCAAAGAGCAUUCUGAACUCCACCAACGAUGGCAUUGAACCAAACUUGGCACACAGAACUCUUAUGACUGGAUGGGUUUGGUGGGCAUUGACCUUGAAUUUUGGAGUUGUAGUUCACCUAUAUCCAGAGAGCACUGUAGACUCAAACCAUGAUGGAUUUUGACAAAACUUGGCAUGAAUAGUCAAUAUGCUCAAAUGUGAUCACUGGUGGACUUUGAGGAAAAUAGACCUUGACAUUUUGGAGUUAUAGUUACCGGGAUUUAUAGUUCACCUACAAUCAAAGAGCAUUCCGAACCCCACCAAAAAUAGAAUUGGGUCAAACUUCCCACACAGAACCCCCAAGACCAACAGUUAAUACUGUGUUUUUUAUGGUCUUUGGCGACCCCUCUGACACCCCCUCGCGCCAGGGCUGUAGCCAGAAAAAAAAUUCGGGAGGGGUUAAAAUUUUC